AUGGCGCGAAGGCUGAAUCUACCUUUAUCCGGUUUAGCCGUUGUGUUGGACGAACUCAGAUACUUUUUUCCGUCUCUUCCGAAAGAUCCACGGACUGUAAUGAAAACCCCCCGUCGUUGCUGCGUGCGACAGAAGGCCGGUGGAAUGUACAUCCACCUUGGGUUGAAAGCAGGUUUGCUGCAACAGCUCCGUGAGAUCCAGACUACGGUUACGAAUAUCGAAAUUCAAAUUAACGUUGACGGUAUUCGGGCCUAUAACAACUCGCGUACUCAAGUGUGGCCUAUACUCUCCCGGAUAAUUUCACCCUUUCUCGGUCAGCCUUUCGUCGUGGGAAUAUACUGUGGUAAGCAAAAACCCAAUGAUGCCCAUCAGCUGAUGUCUGACACGGUCGCUGAGUUGACAGACGUCUUGGCGAACGGUGUCUCCGGGGUUUGCAGUACUCAUACCGUCCGUCUUCAAUGCAUUAUUUGUGAUAGUCCUGCUAGGGCCUUUCUGAAGCAAGUGAAGGGACAUACAGGAUAUUAUGGCUGUGAUUACUGUACACAAAGGGGUGUGCACAUUGGCACACGUAUGACUUUUCCCUCGUUGACAGCUCCCUUGCGUCGUGACUAUGAUUUCCGGACCAGAAAACAAGAGAAGCACCAUAUAGGUCCAAGUCCGAUGGAGGAGUUAAAUUUUCCCAUGAUUGACGGUUUCCCACCAGAUUACAUGCAUAGCGUGUGUCUUGGUUUAGUGCGGAAAUUUCUCAUCUUACUCAGAGCUAUGCCAAUUGGACACAAGGCCAGGCUUUCUUUGGAGUCCUGGAAUCUGCUGAAUGCUAACAUUGAGCAACAGAGUUUGGCUCUGAGUAUUGAUUUCCCCCGAAAAUGUAGAGGUGUCGUAGACCUGGAUCGGUGGAAGGCAUCUGAGCUACGACAGUUUCUUCUGUACAUAGGACCCGUUGUUUUACGAGACAUCUUACAUCCUGACGUUUACGAAUGUUUCAUGUAUUUUUCGGUAACCACUUUCAUAGGCUGUUCACCUUUUUUUCACAACAUUAUGCUAAUUUUU